GCCCCGCGAGCUCCCCGAGCCGGCCGGGCAGGUCCGGGCGGGCGCGCUCUGAGUCACCGGAAUCUAGGUGGGGCCGCCUCCCGAGGCCCCUUCCCUUUUGUCGCGGCGCCCGCGUUGGCCGGCCACUCUCCGCGCCGCCGGUGCCCAGCGCGCUCCUCCGCUCCGCGCCGCCACCGUCGACAUGUUGCGCUGCGGCCUGGCCUGCGAGCGCUGCAGGUGGAUCCUGCCGCUGCUCCUGCUCAGCGCCAUCGCCUUCGACAUCAUCGCGCUGUCCGGCCGCGGCUGGCUGCAGUCCAGCGACCACAUCCAGACGUCCUCGCUGUGGUGGAGAUGCUUCCACGAGGGCGGCGGCAGCGGGUCCUACGACGAUGGCUGCCAGAGCCUGAUGGACUUCGCGUGGGGAAGAGCAGCCGCCGCCACGCUCUUCUGUGGCUUUAUCAUCCUGGUGAUCUGCUUCAUCUUGUCCUUCUUUGCCCUCUGUGGACCCCAGAUGCUUGUCUUCCUGAGAGUGAUCGGAGGCCUGCUGGCCCUGGCAGCUGUGUUCCAGAUCAUCUCACUGAUAAUUUACCCUGUGAAGUACACGCAGACCUUUAACCUUCACGCCAACCCCGCGGUCACCUACAUCUAUAACUGGGCCUACGGCUUUGGCUGGGCAGCCACCAUUAUCCUGAUCGGUUGCUCCUUCUUCUUUUGCUGCCUCCCCAACUACGAAGACGACCUUCUGGGCAACGCCAAGCCCAGGUACUUCUACCCACCCGCCUAACAUGGGAGCCAGAGCGGAAGAAAAUCAUCGCUGUCAAAUGGUUUCCAGAGAACGAAACUGUUUCCUCCAGCCUACUUUGUAUCUAUGUUUUGGCAGUGUUCAUAAUAGUAAAUAGUCAGAAAUGCUAAAAUAAUUUAGGAGAAAAUGUUAAUUAGUGUUACAGUUUCACAUUCACCUUUUAUAUAUGUGUGGAGUUAAACGAGAUACUUCUUUUCACUAACUACUCGUGCUAUGCUGACAUUUCUUUAUAUCUCUCCAUAACAUUUAUAUUGCACUUGUAAGAGAAUACGAACACGAAACUUACCAUUUGAUAAAGGGAAAAUGGGAAGUGUUCCAAGAUUUAAUAAUCUGAUCAAGUUUCUGUUCAUUUCCACAUAGAAUGGACUGGGUGUAGUAGGGGUAAGAAGAAGACUGAUGUAAUUGGUAAGAAGUGUCAGUGACCAAACAUUCUAAAAGAACUGCAAAAAAAGUGUGUGUGUUUAAGCCUUUCACUAUUUAAAGAAGCAAAAUAGUUUCCUAAAUGCAUAUCAAUUGGUGAUAAUUAUAGUUAAUAUUCUGAAUAAUUACGUUUUUGCUAAGCUUCAUGUUGUGCUGAUAUGUCAUCUAGGAAAGUAUUGUUUCAUAGUUAAAGCCUGUGGCAAUAGUAAGGCCUUUGUAAUGGUGAAAUGUUAAGAUGAAAUUUUCUCUUUUAAAUUUCUUUAUGGGGUUAAGGUGUGGGCAAAUGCUGUUAUUAAUAGAUCUGUACUGUUUUGUGUCUAUAUGUGCAGAACCAGCAUUGACUUGAUUGAAAGAUGGACGGGGUCUAAUACAUCGUGACUGAUAGCUCUGAUUAGAUUGUAUAGUAAAGCAUUAGGACAGCCAUUCCUAUCACUGAAGUGCCAUUAAAACCGUCUGAAGAAGUGGCUUGAUUUGUUGAAAUAUCAGGUUUAACUGGGCCCUCAUCAUGUAGACACAGCUUCUGAUAGAUGGCAGCUAUAAGCAGAAACUACAUGUAAUUAAAAACCUGGUCUUCCAGUCCCAGCUACUUGGGAGACUGAAGCAAGAGAAUCGCUUAAGCCCAAGAGUUGGAGGUUGCUGUGAGCUGUGAUGUCACAGCACUCUACUGAGGGUGACAUAGUGAGACUAUCUCCAAAAAAAAAAAAAACCAAAAAAAUGCCUGGUCUUCCUGGGUAAACAGAUAUAAAAUGUCUGAUGUAAAACAUGCAACAGGAGAAUUCAGGGAUGUGAGUUUCUCUGAGUGACAUAUAUAUGAUUUGUGUAAUUUUUUUUAACAUUUAUACUUACAUAAUGAAAACUAACUCAUUUUAUAUAUCAAAUUACUAUUUUGUAAGUUGUGGAAUAAACAAUUGAAUUUUUCCUUAUGCAUUUUUCCCAAUAAACCAGGUAUACCAAUCAUG